AUGACGCUUCCUCGCCUCUUCGUGUUCGUCGCGAUGGCCUUGGCCAUAAGCGCUGCUUGCCUGCCACACGGGGCCGCCAAGCCCAUCUACCGCGGUGUGGCGACCAACGCGUGGAGCGGCGGCUGCGCCGACAUCAACGCCCUCUCACGCAUGUCGUGGUACUACAACUGGGGACUGCAGCCCACCGCCAACGUCGCCUCGUGCCACCUGGGCUCUCGAUACGUCGAGUUCGUGCCCAUGGUGUGGGGCGCUGGUUCUGUGCCCAACCUCGUCUCCAAGCUGCCGGCCAACACCAAGCACCUGCUGGGCUUCAACGAGCCCAACUUCGCCAGCCAAGCCAACCUGUCGCCGCGGGCCGCGGCAACGGAGUGGAAGAAGGUGAUCGCCCAGCUGGACGCUGCUGGCCUCACUGGCAAGAUCAAGCUCGGCACCCCUUCGGCUGCGCCAGGCGGCAACAUCGGCCCUAAGGAAUGGUUCGCCCAGUUCUUUGGCAACUGCACGGGCUGCCACUUUGACUUCCUGUGCUUCCACAUCUACGACUGCAACGCGCCGUGGUUCGACGCGGGAGCCGUCAACUACUGGCUGGGCCAGGUCAAGGGCUUCGGUCUGCCCAUCUGGCUCACCGAGUUUGACUGCCCGUCCAACUCCGUCGCCAACGAGCUCACCUGGAUGGAGCGCGUCCUGGGCUCGCUCGACAGCGACCCCCACGUUGAGAGGUAUGCGUGGUUCACGGCGCGCGCGACGAACGUGGGCACUGCGCCUUCGCUGCUUAACUCGGCCGCCGGCAGUCUGACGCAGGUGGGCGCCCACUACAACAGCAAGGGCGACAGGCUCACUCCCUGA